AUGGGUGACCAAGAGGAGGAUUACAGUUCCCUGCCCCUCACCGACCGCUGGACACAUAAGAUCUGGAAGGUCAGGAAGGGAGCCUACGAAGAUGCCGCUAAGCAGUUUGCCGCCACGCCCAACGAAACCGACCCCGUCUUCCGACCAUUCAUCCAAGAUGCCGCGUUAUGGAAAGGUGCGGCUGCAGACUCGAAUGUUGCGGCGCAGCAAGAGGGUAUCGCCGCGCUAUGUGCCUUCCUCAAGUUUGGCGGACCGGAUGCGGCAGUACGAUCUCGCGGACACACAAUAACACCCAUCGUCGAGAAGGGCCUUGCGUCGACUCGAGCAGCUACGAAAGCCUCGGCCGUCGAGGCCCUUUUAUUAUACAUCGAGAUGGAUACCCCCGCACCCGUUAUCGAGGAUCUACUUCCCGGCCUGUCCCACAAGCAACCCAAGAUUAUUGCGGCGACGCUUGCUGCGCUCACAACAAUAUUCCAUAACUACGGCUGCAAGACCGUCGAUCCGAAACCGGUGCUAAAGGCCCUACCUAAGGCUUUUGGCCACGCAGACAAGAAUGUACGAGCCGAGGCGACGAAUCUUGCAGUGGAAUUUUACCGAUGGCUCCGAGAAGCGAUGAAGCCCAUGUUCUGGGGUGACCUAAAGCCGACACAACAGAACGAUCUCGAAGCGCAAUUCGAAAAGAUCAAGGCAGAGCCAGCGCCGAAACAGGAGCGUCUCCUUCGCUCUCAGGCCGCCAUGGAGUCGGCGUCGGGAGCGCAAGGUGGUGGAGGAGGUGAUGACGGCGGUUACGAUGAGGAGCCGGCCGAGAUUGAUGCGUUCGAUCUUGCGGAGCCUCAAGACGUUCUCAGCAAGAUCGCUCCCGACUUUUACGAUGCGCUCGGUUCGUCUAAAUGGAAGGAUCGAAAGGAAGCGCUGGAGGGCCUCUACGCAGUUCUUAACGUUCCCCGUAUCAAGGACUCAGACUUUAAUGAGUUGAACAGGAGCCUCGCAAAGUGCAUGAAGGAUGCGAAUAUUAUGGUUGUCACCCACGCAGCGCAAUCUAUUGAGGCUCUUGCCAAGGGCUUGCGCAAGGGAUACGGCAAGUAUCGGUCGAUCGUUAUGGGCCCGAUAAUGGAGCGUUUGAAGGAGAAAAAGCAGGCUGUCGCGGACGCUCUUGGAGCUGCCCUCGACGCCGUUUUUCUCGCCACCAGUCUCACAGACUGUCUCGAGGAUAUUGUGGCCUGUUUAGUGCACAAGAAUCCCCAAGUCAAGGAGGGGACCAUGAAGUUCCUCAUUCGGUGUCUGCGCACCACUCGCGAUGUGCCUAGCAAAGCAGAGAUUCAAACUAUUGUCGACUCGGCGAAGAAGCUGCUCUCGGAGUCUAGUGAGGGUCUUCGGUCUGGAGGUGCUGAGGUUCUCGGUACCGUCAUGAAGAUUAUCGGCGAACGCGCGAUGAACCCCCACUUGGAGGGGCUCGAUGACAUCAGGAAGAACAAGAUCAAGGAGUUUUACGAGACUGCGGAAGUCAAGGCCAAGGAGAAACCGAAGCCCGCUCCUGCGCCAGCCCGCGCCGCUCCUGGCGGACCCAAGAAGGUCAUGGGAGGCGGUCCCCCCGGCCUAAGAAAGGGACCUGCCGGAUUGAGGAAGGCAGCUCCAGCCGCAGCCGCAGCAGCACCUCCGGCAGACAGCGCACCAUUGGCCCCCCAGCCCACUGCGCGACCAGCUAGCAAGCUGGGAAUGCCCAAGCCAUCGGGCCUCGCCGGAAUGAAAGCGCCUCAAAAGCGACUUGGCGGUCCUGGAGGCCUUGCUUCUCCCCGAAGAGUCGCGGCCGCUCCCCCGCCCGUGGAAGAAGAGCAGCCGGCGCCGCCUCCCCAACCCAGACUCGGACCAGCCCGAGGCGGACUUGCUGCCCGGUCACUAGCCAAGCCCGCUGCCGCACCUGCCCCCGUGGCGCCCCCAUCUCCCGUUCCUUCAAGCGGCUUGAGUGCGUUAGAGCGUGCUGAACUGGAGGAGCUCCGCGCGGCAAAUGAGAGGCUGACGCGCCUGUCGGAAGAGCUGAGGCACGAGCGAAGCAAGCUCCUAUCAGAAGUACAAGAGCUUAAGAACCAGAACGCCAGUCUGAUUGAGGACCACACGAGGGACGUUCUGAGCAUCAAGGCGAAGGAGACCCAAUUAGUGCGAGCACGCAGUGAUGCCGAGGCUACGGAACAGACAAACGAGCGGCUACGACGCGAAUUGGAGCGCCUUAAGCGAGCGCUCGACCGCGCCGAGGGACACGGUCCCGGCUUCGCCAGCCCCGGUCUAUCCUCGCCCACGCAUGAUGAGGCGGGUAUCUACAGGGAUGGUGGCUACGGCUCUGCAGGCACUAGGAACCAGCGAAUGAGCUUCAACAGCACCAUGUCCGAGGAGAAGGAGAAUGGCGAUCACCCUUACCCGUCGGCGAAGGCGAAUCUCGAACUUCGGUAUGGUGGAGCGUCCGGACGCGGGAGUCCCGCGCGUGGAUACCGGAGCAACUUGGCUGGAGGCGAGGGUAGUUAUAUUUCGCGGCCCCAGAGUACGACGCCUCAUGACUCGAGGGGCGAUGGUGUUGAGAGUUGGAAGAGAGCGGCUGAGGUGACUAGUCAAUUGAAGGCUAGGAUUGAGCAGAUGAAGGCGAAGCAAGCUUUUAUGAGGCCAUGA